UUUCACUUUCAAUCAAGCGGUCAAACAAAUCGCUGCACUUUUUAAAUUUUCGAUGCAAACCAGAACUAGUUUUCGGAUCAUUUACUUUUUGUGAACAUUUUUUUUCUGUAUUCGAAUUUUUUGACCUCGAAUAACAUAAAAUACCUUUCGGCUCUGUGUGGAAUUUCUCUUAGAAUGUUCAUCGUGAUCGGUUUUAUUUGCGGUCUAAUUUUAAUAUUUUGUUGGGUGGAUACGAGGAAGCCGAAGGAUUUUCCACCAGGUCCGAGCUGGAUUCCACUACUAGGUGUAAUACCUUUAGUAAAAAACCUGCACAGUAUAUGUGGCUUCUAUCACUUAGUGUGGCACUACUUAACACAGAGGUAUGGGGCGAUCGUUGGUUUACGUGUUGGUCAUGAUCGCAUAAUAAUAGUUGCUGGAAAAAACGAAAUCAAAGAAUUCUAUGCGACAGAUGAGUUUAAUGGUCGCCCGGAUGGAUUCUUUUACCGAAUCAGAUCAUUUGAUAAGCGAUUGGGAGUAGUUUUCACAGACGGAAAGGACUGGGAAAUUCAAAGGAAAUUUUCCUUAAAAGUGUUGAGACAAUUGGGCGGAAAGAAUACCAUGAAGGAUCAUAUUGAACGCGAAGCUAACGAAAUAGUCCACUUCCUUUAUACGAAAGCAAAGACUGGAAAGCCGAUCAAUUUGCAGCAUAUUUUUGAUGUACCAGUUCUAAAUAUUUUAUGGGCAUUGCUGGCGGGACACAGAUUUUCAUUGGAGGACGAGCGUCUGUCAAUGUUGCUGAAAAUGAUUCACGACAGUUUUCGUGUAAUUGAUAUGUCUGGUGGCAUCUUGAAUCAAUUUCCUUUCGUCCGUUAUAUUGCACCGAACGGAAGUGGAUACAAGCCAUUAGUUAACACGUUAUCUCCGUUAUGGGCGUUUUUAAAGGAAGUUGUAAUUGAGACGAAAAAUUCACUCACUGACGAAGAACCGAAAAGCUUAAUCCAAGCUUUUUUGCACGAAAUUGAAAAAGUAGCAACGAAAGACAGUUCGUUCACCGAAGAUCAAUUGUUGGCUCUGUGUUUAGAUUUAUUCCAAGCUGGAACGGAAACAACAAGCAACACACUGGCGUUCGGUGUGUACUGGCUGCUCCACAAUGAACGAGUUGUUGAGAAGUUGAAAACUGAACUUGAUACGGUUGUUGGACGUCGUAGACUGCCUAAUUUAAAUGAUCGUUCUACGCUUCCAUAUACUGAAGCUGUCAUUUGCGAGAUACAAAGAAUUUCGAAUGUUGCUCCAUUGGGUAUUGUUCACAGAUGCAUGGAAACGGUCAAGUUCGAUAAUUACGUCAUUCCGAAAGGAACUUUGGCUUUGGUUUCAUUGUACAGCUUGCACAUGGACGAAAAUUAUUGGAAAGAUCCACAUACGUUCAGGCCGGAAAGAUUUCUCGAUGAAUAUGGAAUGUUCAUACAUCACGAACAUUUCAUGCCAUUCGGAUCGGGCAAACGACGGUGUAUGGGAGAAAAUCUUGCUAAGUCCAGCUUGUUUCUGUAUCUUGCUUCUUUCAUUCAUUCGUUCGAUAUGGAAAUUCCCGCUGGAAAUGGAUUACCAGAUGUAACGGGUCUGGAUGGAAUCACUUUAUCUCCAAAACCAUUUGAAGUUUUAUUAAAGCCGAGAUCGACGUUGUAAACCUUGUAAACCAUUUCAUUAAAGAGUUUGUUCAUUUUACGUACUGGAGCUACGCGGGUCAUUGUAAUCG